UAGUCACGAGAUAAGGGGUCCUUUGAUCACAUUUGGCUGUAUCUUCAUUAACCACGCCCCCGGUGAUGCUGCUAUUCAUUUGGACACUGACAACUGAUGGUCAGCACAUUAAAAUAACCACAGAUCUCAAGGGUCACCAACGAACAAUCACCAUCUAAACAAGGGGAGAACAUUAAGAUAAUUAUUUAUUUACGUUACUUGUAGCCUAAUUGAAAAGUUUAGAAAAAUAAAUUGAGUUUAUGAACUGUCAUUUGAAGUAAGUAGGCCUAUACAGUUUCUUUUCCCGCUUCCACGUGUUUAUCAGGUCUGUACAACCGCCUCACACUGAUUUAACUACUGAUCUGGCCAUUAAAGCACAAAAGAAGCAGCAUGAACUCAACUCGUCACACCGAGGAUCUUUUUCAGAAGAAUUCCACCUGUAAAUAUGAUGUCAAAAACUUUAACUCGAGCAGCACUGAAGAUGUUCCUCAUCCUCCUCAUCUUCCGCGCUUCACCACCGCAGCUCAGGUCCGAGUGACGCUCACCCUGAUCCUGUGCGCGUUGUCCGCCUGCUGCAAUCUCGCCGUGCUUUACUCAGCCAACCACAACCACAGAAAACGGUCCCACGUUCGGUUGAUCAUCACCAAUCUGGCGGUGGCGGAUUUACUGGUGACGUUCAUCGUCAUGCCGCUGGACGCGGUGUGGAAUAUAACUGUGCAGUGGCUCGCGGGGGAUCUCGCGUGCCGGACGCUGAUGUUCCUCAAACUCGUGGCCAUGUACUCGUGCGCUUUCGUGACCGUGGUGAUUAGUCUGGACCGACAGGCUGCCAUUCUCAAUCCUCUGUCUAUCAACAAAGCGAGGAGGAGAAGUAAAGUUCUGCUGAGUGUAGCAUGGACCAUGAGUGCCGUGUUAUCCAUACCACAGGUGUUUGUUUUCCACGUUGUGGUGAUUGAUUCCCCCAAGCGGUUUAUCCAGUGUACGACCUACGGCAGCUUUAACUCACGCUGGCACGAGACACUUUACAACAUGCUUACCUUCACCUUCCUCUUCCUCUUUCCACUCUUCAUCAUGAUCUCCUGCUACACCAGGAUACUGUUUGAGAUCUCCAAGAAAAUGACCGAAGACAGCUUGCUGUCUAACAAAGUGCAGCUGCGCAGGUCAAAAAACAACAUCCCUAAGGCACGCAUGCGCACACUGAAGAUGACUGUGGUCAUCGUCCUGUCAUUCAUGGUUUGUUGGACACCCUACUACAUGCUUGGCCUGUGGUACUGGUUCUGUCCUGCUGGUCUGGAGGAAACAGUGUCCCAGUCCCUCUCACACAUCCUUUUUAUCUUUGGCCUAUUAAAUGCUUGUGUGGACCCCAUCAUCUACGGUCUCUUCACCAUUCCACUGUGCAGAGACAUGAGGCACCGACAGCGUGAACAUAACGUUGUAGCUUUUGAGCUGGAGAACACUAAUAACUCUUUGAUGACUUCCAUCAGAACUUCCACCUCCUCUCUCACUUUAAAGAGGCUGACAGUUCAGCAGACUUCUAGAGAAAAGCUAGAAUGGGACGGAGAGUAUGCGCACAGGAUUGGAGAUGAUGGGCCAAAGAAUGGUGUGGCUUUUACAAGUUAUUCCACCUGUAUAGACUAAAGGCCAAAACACGAGUUGUCUAUACGUAUAAUAGCUUUGCAUUUAAUUACCAUUAAAGCAGUUAUGGGCACACGUGUAAUAUAAUUACAAAUUAUUCAAAAAUAUGUUAUUUACUGUAAUUAGUAUAUUAAUACUGGCUAAUGAGGUAACGCUUUUGCAAACUGAGCUUUCAGAUGCCCAGACAAUGAGAGUCUGGGCAAUGAAUUUCAUUAUAUGGACAAAAUCAGUAAUAAUUUUAUUCAGCAAGGACACAUUAAAUUGAUCAAAAGUGACAAUAAAAACUUUUACAUUGUUACAAAAAUAUCUAUUUUAAAUAAAUGCUUUUAAAGUUUAUAGUUAUCAAAAAGUCAUGAAAAAGUGUAUCAGGGUUUCUACAGACAUAUUAAGCAACACAACUGUUUUCAACAUUGAUAAUCAUAAUAAAUGUUUCUUAAGCAGCAAAUCAGCAUAUUAGAAUGAUUUCUGAAGGAUCAUGUGACACUGAAGACUGGAGUAAUGAUGCUGAAAAUUCAGCUUUGCCAUCACAGGAAUAAAUUACAUUUUAAAAUAUAUGAAAAUAGAAAAGAGUUAUUUUAAAUUGGAAAAAUAUUUUAUAAUGUUUUUAUUGUAAUUAUGAUCAAAGGUGCAAGAUGAGCAGAGAUCUUUUUUAUGUGCAAAGUGAUUUAAAAUUGUAACUUUAAGGGUUGAUAUUGAGUAUUCAGUGUUUUGUCUUGUGGCCUAAAUGUUGAAAUCACAAUAAAAUUAAUUUGUAAUCAAUGGCUUGAGGGGUUUGGCACAGAUCAUUAAAUUAAUAAAACUCAAUGUGG